UCUGACACCCCCACCCCGGCCCCCGCCCCCUACCCACUCGGAGACGGGGGUCAAAGGCAGCCCGCGUCACGUGGUCGCCGAGCAGCACCGAAACGGCCGGGAGAGCCGAGGGAGAAUCCGGGUGGAAGCUGAGAAAUCCAGCCCCGAUAGCAGCGCCCGGUCCCUCCCCUACCCACGCCCCGGGGCGCUCGCCACACGCCUGCUGGCCGCCGGGCCUCUGGAGCUCAUCUCCGACCCGCUCCCACGCGCCAUCACGGGAUCGAACCCCGCUCCUAGCGGCCACGAUUCGGGAAGAUGCAGCCCUGUUAAGUGAGGAGUGUUCAGCCAUCACGAGGACACUAUGAGGGGAAGAGGAGCCACACAGCCACCUCCUGAGCUCCGCCUUAGCCCUGUGGGCCCCAUGGAAUGACUGUCAUGCAACAUCCCAAGGCCUGCCCAGGAUCCUCUGGCCCACUGCCCAGACCCCCAAGGAGACCCUGACACCCUGGGGCACUUCUGCUCUGCACAGGACCACGACGGGGUUUGCCAUGGUGACAUAAAGGGGCGCAGAGGAAGGAAGGAGUGUGACCAGCCUGCAGACUGCGCCCCUGGCUGGGAGGAAGGGCCAGGGGCCCAGAUCUUCCCCUUUCACUGCCCACCAAGGGCCUCACUUCCCAAGUCUCUGUGAAUUUCUUGGUCAGUGGACAAUUCUCGUGUCUCCUGUGUGGGGCCUUGGGGUGCCCAGGGCAGGCUGGGCUCUGGUGGCCAAGGUCUCGGGGCCAGAAUGCCUGCCCUGGCGUGCCUCCGGAGGCUGUGUCGGCACGUGUCCCCACAGGCUGUCCUUUUCCUGCUGUUUAUCUUCUGUCUGUUCAGCGUUUUUGUCUCAGCCUACUACCUAUAUGGCUGGAAGCGGGGCCUGGAGCCCUCGGCCGAUGCCCCUGAGCCCGACUGUGGGGACCCGCCACCAGUGGCCCCAAGUCGCCUGCUGCCGCUCAAGCCUAUGCAGGCAGCCGCUCCUUCCCGCACGGACCCGUUGGUGCUGGUGUUUGUGGAGAGCCUCUACUCGCAACUGGGCCAGGAGGUGGUGGCCAUCCUGGAGUCUAGCCGCUUCAAGUAUCGAACAGAGAUUGCGCCAGGCAAGGGUGACAUGCCCACACUCACAGACAAGGGCCGUGGCCGCUUCGCCCUCAUCAUCUAUGAGAACAUCCUCAAGUACGUCAACCUGGAUGCCUGGAACCGGGAGCUGCUGGACAAGUACUGUGUGGCCUACGGUGUGGGCAUCAUUGGCUUCUUCAAGGCCAACGAGAACAGCCUGCUGAGUGCGCAGCUCAAGGGCUUUCCCUUGUUCCUGCAUUCGAACCUGGGCCUGAAGGACUGCAGCAUCAACCCCAAGUCCCCGCUGCUCUAUGUGACGCGGCCCAGCGAGGUGGAGAAGGGGGUGCUGCCCGGGGAGGACUGGACCGUGUUCCAGUCGAACCACUCCACCUACGAGCCAGUACUGCUGGCCAAGACACGUUCGUCCGAGUCCAUACCGCACCUGGGCGCGGAUGCCGGCCUGCACGCUGCACUGCACGCCACCGUGGUCCAGGACCUGGGCCUGCACGACGGCAUCCAGCGCGUGCUGUUUGGCAACAACCUCAACUUCUGGCUGCACAAGCUCGUCUUUGUUGAUGCUGUGGCCUUCCUCACAGGGAAGCGCCUCUCUUUGCCUUUGGACCGCUACAUCCUGGUGGACAUUGAUGAUAUCUUUGUGGGCAAGGAGGGCACGCGCAUGAAGGUGGAGGAUGUGAAGGCCCUGUUUGAUAUGCAGAAUGAGCUACGCACACACAUCCCAAACUUCACCUUCAACCUGGGCUACUCAGGGAAAUUCUUCCACACAGGUACUGAUGCUGAGGAUGCUGGGGACGACCUGCUGCUGUCGUAUGUGAAGGAGUUCUGGUGGUUCCCCCAUAUGUGGAGCCACAUGCAGCCCCAUCUUUUCCACAACCAGUCUGUGCUGGCCGAGCAGAUGGCCCUGAACAAGAAGUUCGCUGUCGAGCACGGCAUUCCCACAGACAUGGGGUACGCAGUGGCGCCCCAUCACUCGGGUGUGUACCCUGUGCACGUACAGCUAUAUGAGGCCUGGAAGCAGGUGUGGAGCAUUCGUGUGACCAGCACAGAGGAGUACCCCCACCUGAAGCCGGCCCGCUACCGUCGCGGAUUCAUCCACAACAGCAUCAUGGUCCUCCCGCGGCAGACCUGUGGCCUCUUCACACACACCAUCUUCUACAAUGAGUACCCUGGUGGCUCCAGUGAGCUGGAUAAGAUCAUCAACGGGGGCGAACUCUUCCUCACUGUGCUCCUCAAUCCUAUCAGCAUCUUCAUGACACACCUGUCCAACUAUGGGAAUGACCGCCUGGGCCUGUACACCUUCAAGCACCUGGUGCGCUUCCUGCAUUCCUGGACCAACCUCCGGCUGCAGACGCUGCCCCCUGUGCAGCUGGCCCAGAAGUACUUCCAGAUCUUCUCUGAGGAAAAGGACCCGCUCUGGCAGGAUCCCUGUGAGGACAAACGCCACAAAGACAUCUGGUCCAAGGAGAAGACUUGUGAUCGUUUCCCGAAGCUCCUCAUCAUCGGCCCCCAGAAAACAGGCACCACAGCACUCUACCUGUUCCUGGGCCUGCACCCGGACCUGAGCAGCAACUACCCCAGCUCGGAGACCUUUGAGGAGAUCCAGUUUUUUAACGGUCACAACUAUCACAAGGGCAUCGACUGGUAUAUGGAAUUCUUCCCUAUCCCCUCCAACACCACCUCCGACUUCUACUUUGAGAAAAGCGCCAACUACUUUGAUUCAGAAGUGGCGCCCCGGCGGGCAGCAGCCCUGUUGCCCAAGGCCAAGGUCCUGACCAUCCUCAUCAACCCAGCAGACCGGGCCUAUUCCUGGUACCAGCACCAGCGAGCCCAUGAUGACCCAGUGGCCUUGAAGUACACCUUCCACGAGGUGAUCACAGCCGGCCCUGAUGCAUCCUCAAAGCUGCGCGCCCUCCAGAACCGCUGCUUGGUCCCUGGCUGGUACGCCACCCACAUCGAGCGUUGGCUCAGCGCCUUUCAUGCCAACCAGAUUCUGGUCUUGGAUGGUAAACUGCUGCGAACAGAACCUGCCAAAGUGAUGGACACAGUGCAGAAGUUCCUUGGGGUGACCAACACCAUUGACUACCACAAAACUUUGGCGUUCGAUCCAAAGAAAGGAUUUUGGUGUCAACUGCUUGAAGGAGGAAAAACCAAAUGUCUGGGGAAAAGCAAGGGCCGGAAAUACCCAGAAAUGGACCUGGAUUCCCGAACCUUCCUGAAGGAUUAUUACCGGGACCACAACAUCGAGCUUUCCAAGUUGCUGUACAAGAUGGGCCAGACACUGCCCACCUGGCUGCGGGAGGACCUCCAGAACACCAGGUAGCUGUGGCCACCAUAGCCAGACUGAAUGUUUGUGAUGGCAGGAUGUCCUGCCACACGCUGAGCCAGACUGACCUGCAGAGUGGAGAGUGGGCCCAGGGCUGGCCAAGCACUUACGAGCAAUACUCUGCUGAGGCCCACACGGGGCCAGGAGAAGAGCCCAGGCCGGUCCACAGAGCCUGAGAGCGUCCACUGCUGGGUCUGUGGCCAACAGGACCUUCCAACCACCAGGGGUCCAUUCUGUUCACAGCUUCUCCUAGGGCAGCCACUUCCUGGUAAGGGGAGUCCACAUAGUUCUCUCUUCUGUCCCUCACUGUGUUGUCCCAACCAUCCCCUCUCCUUCAUCCCAUCAUUCCCUGCUCCAGCAGGGCAUCCCCUCAGUAUUAGCUGCCAUAUUUUCCCUGUCCUCUGACAGGAAGGGAGAAGAGCCCAGCUGGGUCUUUUGCCAAACCAGGGAGAGAGACUGGACAUUGCCCUGACUUGUUUCAAGCCAGGCUCUUCAAAAGGGUCAGCUGGAUACCCAGAGUCAGUCACUUGGCUGAAUGUGAGGGUGGCCAUCUCGAGAGAACCAUGAACCUGAUUCCUUCACAUCUCACCUUUCCCCUUUGAGGAAAGACUCUGGUUCCUACAGUAUCUACCCAGUCCUCAAGGCCUCCUGCAGGGCCCUGGGGCACUGCCGUGCAUUUGGGCCCAGAGACCAGGCCUCAGCUGGAUCCCUUCUUCACCCUGGGAUAUGACACAUGUGGUAUUUCCUGUGGUAAAAGAUUGAGGCAGUUCAGGAGUCUGCCAGUAUACAUGUGACCAUGUACAGGCAUGUCCCCACACCCAGCCAGCCUCAGCCCCUGGCAGACAUGGGCAGAGCCAAUUGCUGCUUUGCUGCAGCUUCCUAUAGCCGAGGGUUCCCAGAGACACCCCUCCCCCUUAACCUCCCAGAUACUAAGAAGCUAAAGUAUUUUAAUAUUUUGGUUUUUUUUCUUGGUGCCAGAGUUUAUACCCUGGGUGCUGGGGUCGCACUGUGUUUUUUCUAUAUAUAUAUAUUAUAUGUGUAUAUAUAUAUAUAUUAUAUUUUUUUUUGGUUGGGUUUGUUUUUAAUUCAGUUGUACAAAAUGGUGGUAAGCCCCUGUCUCAAGGGGUGUUCUAUCUUAGUGCUAGAGAAUGAGGUGGAAGGGAGGGAGGGUAUGUCUUCAUGUGUCUGGGGCCUCAAGGAGACAGACAGUAUGAAGGUGCCCUCAGAGAAGUCUCUCUUUGCUCUCCCCAGUGCCAUGGCUGUCCUGGGGCCACCAUAAGUGAACAGAGGUGGUGAGAGGUACAGCCCUAUUCUUUCCAGGAAAGGCUUCGUGAAGCCCAGUGACCCUGGGGAAAUUUUGGCCAAAGGAAACAGCUGAGGCUGGACUAAGAGAGCUGGGGCCAAAGCUGGCCCAUCCCCUCUCCCUCACAUGGUGCUAGGCUGGGAGCUGCUCUGGGAGAUAGGGUGCCCACUGGGACCCACAGCACUGUCUCCAGGCCCCUGUAGACAGGGGGAUCUCUGGGCUAAUGUCUGGCUGGAGUCUGCUCCUCUCCCCCCUUAACAAUGUGAAGUAACCGAGGCUGGGGUGCUUCUCCCCAGCCCCCUUCAACUGCCAAUUCAGCUUUGAAUUGACACCCAGGAAGUACUUUCUGGAGAGGCUUUUCUUGUUCAGAAGACUCCAGCAAGUUGGGCCAAAAGAUUCCUUUGACGGGUAUGAAGCAGGUCCAGAAAGGGGAGAUGACCUGCUUGGCUCAUGUCAUGGACCUGGCUGGGAGCAGGGCUGAGCAUUGAACCCAAGGCUCCCGAUUCCAAGUCCAAUGCUCUUCUGCCAAUGCCACACUGCCUCUGAGCCCACCUGAGGACCCUGCUCUGUGCCAGGUUCCUGUCCCUCCCUCAGUCACAACCGUGGUCAUUCCAGGAUAUGGGGACAAACCACUCCUUCCCAGCCAGGGUGCCUUUGAGCCUUCCCGUUCCGGGGUGUGUGUUUGCAUCGCUGUCUUGUUCUCCUCCCGCCUUAGAGGUCUUUCCCCAGCCCAUAGGGCCUGGGUCUGUUCUGAACUGAUUCCCUUUCCUCAAGUUCUCCACUGGGGUGGAGAAGAAGUUGGACCCCUGAGGGGGUCGGCUGCAUGUGGUUUCAUUGUGUAGACAGCAGUUCCCCCUCAUACUUCUCAGCAGGGCCCAGAACCUUGGGCAUUGCCAGCCCAGCAGAAGGAGCAGGUGUCUGAGGACAGGGUGGCAUUUCUACUUGGAUACUCAUGAAGACAGGCCCGCACUGUGGAACCAGAGUCUCAGAGAGGGGCAGGACCUCCCAUAGUGCAAAUCCUGGGUAAUUCAGGCUGCGUGGGUUUUUGCCUUUUGCACUGACAUGACAGCUUCAUUUCUGUCAGUGAGGGGAUCCAGCUUCAUCAUCUGUGAGAACCUUACAGCUCCUAUAUUCUGAAAUCCACCCUUAGGACCUUGGGGCCUGCUCCCUUCUCUUAGAGCUGCACUGGCCUUGGGCAGGGAGUUGCACUUUGUGCCUCUGGCCCAGGAAGGAGCAGGCAGGUUUGGGAUCCCGUGACAGCAGAGAAGAUAUUCUGGAGCCUGGAGACUAGACUUGCCAUGUGUCCAAGUCCAUCUGUCCAGGUCACUGCUGCUGCUUCCCUUCCACUAACAGAUCUUUCUUGAGGAUCACCUAGGCCUAGGCAUAGCUAGGAUUUGCAGGUGUGAGGGUGGGGAAUAAGCUGCCCCAAGGGCUCUCUACAAGUGCAUAGAUGCCCCCACCUGAAAGAGAAAAUCAGGGAUGAGUGGGGCAGCGUGGUCAGUCUGUAAUAUCCCCUAAUUCACUGUAAGCGUUUGGCCAGGAAAAAAAAAAGAGAAAUAGCUAAAAUUGUGCAGAUGACUCCAUUGUCCGUUCUGUGGUCCCCUCCACAAGCCUUGGCCCCAAGGUGAGUACAGGUGGGAGUCAUCACCUGCAGCCAAUGAAGUCAUAUAGUUCUAGAGCCUUUCAUGGUGUAGGCAUCUUGCCACUGGAGGAUGAAUGUUAACUUAAAGAUGGGCCUUUUCCACACCCCUGUAAACAAGUAGUCAGUAUUUGUGGGCCCAGCUAAGGAGACUGAACUGACCUGCAGAGGUUGGUGGUCCCAAGACAGAGUUGUGCCCACAGGGAAGAGCAAGUACAAAAAUGUUUAACCAAACAUUUUACUAUGAAUGCUGCCAGCUACCCAGCAUCUAGAUUUAAAAUUAUUAACAUUUUGUCACAUUUGUUUUUCUGUCAUUCUGUACAUGUGUAUAUAUAUUUUUUUUCUGACCUAGUUUAUAAGUUGCAAGGUCAUGGGACUUUACCCCUAAAUGCUUUGCCUACAUUUCCUAAGAGUUAGGCAUUCUCCCACAUACUGGUCCAGUAUUAUCGCAGUCAAGACAGGUAAUUUCCUCACAACAUCUGUCCUAUCUAUAUUAAGAUUUCUCCCUUUGGCUCCCAAAUAACAUUUCCUGGUUUCGGAAUCAGGCUCCAAUCAUGGUGCACACCUUGUAAUUUUUUAGUUGUGGUUUUUAAAUCUCCUUGAGUGGUGAGGUCUUCCCUCCGCCCACUUUGAGUUUUUUAAAUGACUUUGUUUUAGAGACCAGCAGGCCUGCUGUCCUGUCGAAGUCCCACAUUCUGGAUUUGUGGGAUUGUUCCCUCAUAGUGUCAUGUAACCACUUCCUCUGUCCCCUGUGUUUUCAAGGGUAAUUCAGGCUACUUGGGUUUUUGCCUUUUGCGCUGAAUUGACAGCUUCACUCCUGCCUAAGAUGCGCCUCCACGGUCGCCUGUACCAAGUGCCAAACCAGCAGAGGGGCCAGUGGAGCUGGCCUCCUCCAGGAGCCCAGGGAGGGCCAGCGAGGCUCCCUGGAGAAGGCACUGCCAUGCCAGGCCUGGGAGGAAGGGAUGGAGGGCUCUCUGGAAGGACCUUGGGCUAGGCAGCCUUGGGGCCCACUGAGGAGACACCUCUGGCUUGGGAGAGCCUGUCCUGCCCCCUUUGACCUGGAGAUGGGCCACAGACCACCAAACAGCAUUUCUCUCUGUCUCUUUCUCUGUUGUAUAGGCCCAGGGUUCUCAUUUCUGGAGGCCUGUGGUCUGUGUGCACUGGAGCAGAGCUGGGCCUCUGUGACACACCAGGGAAGUUCCUAGAUGUGAAGCCGCCUUCCCCCACUGUGAUGUGAGGAGAGCACUGGGGGAGGCCGGCUGUGACAUCUCCCUUUGCGUGCAUUUAGUAGUGUCCUGACCAUCUUUCUCCUAGGGCUGCUGCUCCCCUCUGUGGGAUGAGCAGUGGGGCUGCAGCUGCAGCAGGGGUUUUCACACAUCCAGGAAGGAAGCAGUUCUGCCCUAGUGAAGUGGGGAUGGGGGCCCAGACCUGCCUCAGACCCUCAAGGCAACACUGGGUUCCUGGUUUGCCAUCUCUGAGCUGGAUGCCUUGUCAGCUCAGACAGCCAGAGUUCUUUUAGCUACCCUGAGGGACGGGCAUCCACUUUAGGUGGAGUCAACGCCAAGGGCCUAGGGAAGACUCUGGCCGUGUUUUAUCCUAAGAAGUUCAUCCCUCCUGCUGUUCUUCCUCUUUCUGGCCCUGGAGGAGAAUGAGGGAGGAGAGGGUUUUCUAUGACUGCUAGCUUUUAUUAUCAACAAGAGGGCUCCUUUUGUAAUUUGUGCAUGAAAUUCAUGUCAUUUCCUGGGGAGAGAAGAGGGCUGACUGGAGAGGGUGGGGGGUAUGCUAGGGGAGCGGACAGAGGUUUCCUUCCCUUGUAGGGAUGGGGAAAGGGUGGAGACAGGGUGCUACCCAGCUCACCUGUGAGAGCUCUCGAACCAGCCGUUUUGGGUUGUGUUAAAGGUGAGAACCUUCCUCCAUUAAUGUACAAUCUCGAACUAACUGCUAAUAAAGUGGGGUUCUGUUUGUA